CGCCCGCCCAGGAGCCAGGCAGGCUGCCGGCUGCGCCCAGGGUGCAGCGCAGGGUCACAACAGGGAGGGACCAGCCUGCCUUCGCCGGGCAGCCGCGCCGCCGGGAUUUUUAAUGGCCCGGUCCGGCGUGCAGACCGGGGCGCCGCGGUCCACUGCCCUGACCUUCCGCGACGCCGCACUGGGCCGGGACCCGCAGUCUGAGAAGCCUGCUCUGGACCACGUCCCGAACGACGAGCGCCACGACCGCUGCCUGAUGCCGCUGCACAAGUACCCGCCGCGGAUCUGGGACGCUCUGAAGCUGAAGCAGGGCAUCUACGCCCGGCUGCCCGCCCAUUAUCUCAAGUCCCUGCAGGAUAACACCCAGCCCACCCCCGUUCACUGGAAGCCCCUUGGGGUGAAAUAUAAAUUAAAUCCCGAAACAGGCCAACGGCAACGCGUGCAGGAUGUUCCUAUCCCCGUCUACUACCCCCCCGAGUCUCAGCAAGGGCUCUGGGGAGGAGAAGGCUGGAUUUCCGGCUUUCGGUAUGCUGGCAAUGACAAACUCUCAAACAGACUGAAGAAGACUUGGAAGCCGCAGCUUUUUGAGCGAGAGUUGUAUAGUGAGAUCCUUGACAAGAAACUGACCAUUACAGUCACCAUGAGAACCCUGGACCUGAUCGACGCAGCCUAUGGAUUGGAUUUCUACAUCCUCAAGACUCCAAAGGUUGAUCUGUGUUCCAAGCUAGGGAUGGAUUUGAAACGAACAAUGCUGCUACGGCUCGCUCGGAAGGACCCUAGCCUGCAUCCAAAUGAUCCAGCAAAGAGAGAGGCUAUCUAUAACAAGUAUCAGGAAUUUGUGAUCCCAGAAGAGGAGGCUGAGUGGGUUGGGCUGAGUUUGGAAGAAGCUGUGGAAAAGCAGCGACUUCUAGAGAAAAAGAAUAUCCUUAAGUGUCCCCCAGAUUCAACACAGCGUUACAGUCACCAUGCUGCCUUUUCCUCCUAAACCAUUCAGGAAUGAAGCCGACCCUACUCCUCUUUUUAAAGUAUACGUGGAAGAGCUGGUCCAGCAGCUCACGGAGCAGUCGCUUUCUGAAUCAGCAGAAGUGAAGAAAUCCUAGCUAGGAACAGCUUCCUGUCACAGAUUGUGGAGUGCGUGGCCUUCUAGGACUGUUGUUUUCAGUAGCCCCCCUUCUGCCUCCUGAGUCAUUCAUGCGACAGAGAAAGGUAUGCUGCUGAGGAGUUUGAUCCAGAGUGAUCAUGGCUGCUAUUACUCUCUAGCAAUAGUGGCACAAAGUGAAGCCCGAAUUUAGAAAGAAAAUGGUCCCUUUUGGUCAGUGGAAGGACUUACCCCAUAGCUUCCUGUCAUGUGCCUGUUAUACUGACCAAAGUGACGCCAUCUGCCUCUGCAAAUAAUUCCCUUUGGGUCUUGAACUGGGAGCUGAUUCAGAUGCUUUGAACUGGAUUCCUGAUGUACAAUGAAAUGUACUUAUUCAGGGCAUCAAUAAAUACCUUUGUAUCUGAUAACCCUAAUCCUCACUGCCUUUAUUUGGUCUGUGUAGCACAGAAUGAAAGCUUUAGGGAUGAAGCAAUUUAGGAGUUCAGGUCGCUUGCCCCAGUUUAUAUAGAAGAGCCAACUAUUUAACAUCUGAGAUUCUGGGCUCCAAAAUAGUGACAAAUGUACAUAUAUGCCAGCAGGUGGAGCAGUGUUCUCAGCCUGGGUGGACUGUAUCUGUGUGUUACUGCUACACCAUAAUUCCGGUUGCAUUAGAGUUCAGUUUAAUACGAGAUUUAAAUCUUUAUUUUGUAAAAAUCUAAUUGAAAUGGCUAAAACCAAACCCUAGAAUAAAGUGUAAGAGCUGUUUGAAGCAUUUGUGGUGGUUUGAUGAAAACUCAAUACAGAAAGAACAAAGUUUAAAAAUCA